AAUGAGCGAAAUCAAAAUCAUAAUGCAGAAAUUUUUCCCAGAAAUCAGCCUUGACGGGGCAAAGAGGAAUGGGAUUGGUCAGGAGUUUUAUGUGAAGUUAAUGUCGAAGUUGUUGGGGGUACUAGCGAAGAUUAAUGCUGAACUGAUGGAAUAUGGUAAAGGGAUGAAGGAAUGUAGUGAAGAAGUGAAUAUUAAGAUUUUUUGUGAGGAUUUUAGUCGGGGAUUAAGAAGCCAAUUUGAGAGUUAUGAAGAGUUUAGGAAGAGAUAUGAUAGCCCAAGGUAUUUAGCGACAAUGGAGGAGAUUGUGAAGAUGUUUAAUUACUUAAAAGAGAGCCCGAUUUAUACAAAGUUUUUACAUGAGAGAUAUUUUUGGUCUGUUCUAGGUGGAACUGAUAAUUUAUAUCCUCAAAAUAUAAAAGAGAUCCAACAAAAAGCAUUAGAAGUUAUAAAAAGAGUUUGUAAAGAGAAUUGUAAAUUGAAAAGAAAACUUAAGAAAUCUCAAUCCAUUUUGGACGUAUUGAGGAAGAGAAGCUACAAAUUAGUAAAUAAAUUUAAAAAAUGCAAAAAUCUCCUAAACAGUUAUUCCUAUUGAGAGACCCAGCUGCAGGUACCUCAAAAAGCUUCCAGUGAUAUAUACAGAGAAUCAGAUGUAAACCUUUCUAAAAUAUGUAUUAACAUUGAUAAAAUACAUAAGGAAGCUUUUGAUGGGGAAGGAAAUACCUCAAAUUCGUUAGAUAAUUCUGCACAAGAAAGUAUUAUGAUACCUGAAGAAACCCACAUUAGAUCAAUAGAAAAGUCUCUUUUAAAAUAAUGACGCAAUUGAAAUGGUAUCAGACAAUAUCCUAAGCCUUCGAGAAAGUGAAAACACUGACGAAUUCUUAAGAUGAAUUUAUUGGAAAACUUUGAAUCUGGAGUCCAAGGCAACCCAACUGUUACAAAGAAUAGCUGAUUCUUGUGACAUCAAGUCCUGUACUAAGGAUGCGUUCUGUUUAGAUUCUUUUCCUGAACCUCAAAUAGCUCAGAAUCAUCCACUUUGACUCUACAAAGUCCAAAAUUUUAAAUCGCAGAUCACUGAAAAACUAUUAAAAGGUCGACAUAGUAGAGUUUUAACUGUAGAAAAAUGAGAUGGGAUAUUGAAUCUUUAUGCUAAAUUCAAACCAGAACCCCUUUUUAACCUCACAUAUCUAUUUGGUGAAGACAAGUGAGAGGAGUAUCAAUGGGAAAUGAUAAAUACUGGCAUAGCAGGAGUUUACCAAGACUUUGUUGAACGUUUUAGAUGCACCUUUCCUCAUCACCUUCUUGUUUUGAUGGAUAUUGCUACUCCUGAAUGUUUGGGAUACAGUAGAAGUUCUCAAACUCCAGUGGUAGAGAAAGAAUUACUAAAAGAAUAUAAGUGUCUAGCUUCAGAAAAUAUUCGUUUAGACUUCUCUAAAGAAGAUCACAAAGAAGUGUUUGAUAUAAUAAGCUCAAUGAGGCUUCCAGACCUUAAAAAGAUUUCGAUAGUUUCUUCUAGAAUCCCGGUGAAUUUUUUUAAUUUCAAUUUUCCAAUGAGAGUCGAUCAGCUUACCAUGAAUUUGCACAAAGAAGGCUACGAACCUUUUUAAAGAGCGGAUGAAUGACCUUCUGCAAAUUAGCAGCUGUGUCAAAGAGGAGCUACAACUUUGGAAUUAUGAUAUAUCAGUCUUUCAGAUUGGGCAAAUUGUUAGAGCCUUUAAGCAUCUCAAAGCCAUAAAAAUUCAAAAAUGUCUAAUUCGAAUUCAUAGAAACUCUAUUACACCAAGCACAAUAAAAGCAAAUGUUCAAAUAAAAGCUCAUAAAUAUCCAGAAUCCUUACUGGAGCUGGGCUCAAGCUUAAUAUAGAAGGUUCUACUAUAUCUUUUGAAAGACUUAAUGCUCAAUUAAGUCGCAUAAAGCUGCACCCAACAACACUUAAAACUUCAAAAUCAGACCCUGUAAACUACAGUGACCUGUUCUUGACUCUCUCCGAAUUCCAAAAUGACCUGUCAAACGUCCAGUUCAAAACCUGAAAAAUAAUAGCCAGUGACACAAUAGAAAGUUAAUUAAGCUCU